AUGGAGUCGGAGAAAGUGGUGGUGGACGAGCUGCCGCUGGCUAUCGUGCGCCGGGUAGUGAAGGAUAAGCUUUCGGAGUGCUCGCCGGAUUAUGACGUCAGUAUUCACAAGGAAGCGCUUCUCGCAUUCUCCGAGAGUGCUCGGAUCUUCAUCCACUACCUCUCCGCCACCGCAAAUGAUAUCUGCAAAGAUUCAAGGAGACAAACGAUGAAGGCCGAUGAUGUGUUGAAGGCAUUAGAAGAAAUGGAGUUUGCAGAAUUUUUGGAGCCGCUUAAAGCUUCUCUUGAAGAGUUUAAGAAGAAGAACGCUGGGAAGAAAGCGGCGGCUGCGGGUGGUGGAACAGCAUCAAAGCCUGGUGGUGGAGCGGCUUCGAAGCCUGUAGAGACGAAGAAGAGGAAACAGGAAGGAUCACCGUCUCAAAUGGGUGCGAGGAAAAGCAAAAGAGAUGAGGGAAAUAGCAAGAACGUUCAAAAUGAUGAGGAGAAUGAGACUGACAACACAGAAGAAGAGAAUGGGAAUGAUGAGGAGAUGGAGAUUGACGAUGAUAAUACCGAAGAGAAUGGGAACGAGAAUGACGAUGACAAUACCGAAGAGAAUGGGAAUGAUGAGGAGAUUGAGAACCAGGGACACAGCGGAGAAGAGAAUGAGGACAAUAGCAUGGAAGAAAAUGGGAGUGGAAGUGGUGAAGAUAAUGAGAGUGGUGAAGAGGUAGAGGAAGGUGAUGAAGAAGACGAGUGA